GAUUCAUGGAGGAGACCGCCUACAACUCGGUGGUGAAGGACAUGCGCCUGCCGGAGAAGCAGCUCUUUGGCUUGCCCGUGACCUUCGAUCUUCCAGAGGUGGAUGGCAUCAAGCAGGGCGACAAGCUGCUGCUGAAGUGGAAGGGGACGAACGUCGCCGUCCUCGAGGCUUCUUCCAUCUGGAAGCCCAACAAGGUGGUGGAGGCCAAGGAGUGCUACGGCACCAGCAGCCUGGAACAUCCCACUGUGGCCUCCCUGGUGCAGGAGAUCGGCAAGUAUUACGUCGGCGGCAAGAUCCACGGCUUCGAGCUGCCUAAGUUUGGCUACCCUACGCAGACCCCGGCUGAGGUCCGGGCGACGCUGCCGGAGAACAAGCAGGUGGUCGCCUUCCAGAACCGCAACCCCAUCCAUCGUGCUCACUUUGAGCUCCUCAUCUGUGCCCAGAAGGACGUGAAGGACUCCAUCCUUCUUGUCCAUCCCACUUGCGGGCCCACGCAGCCGGGUGACAUCGAUGGCCUCGUGCGCAUCCAGACCUAUGAGGCCCUGAAGACGGAAACCGAGAAGGAGUACCCCAUGUUCCGCUGGGCCUACCUGCCAUACAGCAUGAAGAUGGCUGGACCUCGCGAGGCCAUCCAGCACAUGAUCAUCCGCAAGAAUUACGGUGCCACCCACUUCAUCAUCGGGCGUGACAUGGCCGGGACCAAGAGCACCAUUGAUGGCGAGGACUUCUAUGGACCCUAUGAUGCCCAAGAGACCGGCAAAAAGUACUCCGCGGAGCUCGGCGUGACGGUGACCCACUACGAGAACAUGGUUUAUGUCGGCCCAGAGGAAGGCUACGUCCAGGAGAGUGUGGCCAAGAGCAAGGGCUACAAGGUGGUGAAGCUCUCCGGCACCGAGUUCCGCCGACGCCUCCGUGCUGGCGAGGACAUCCCUGAGUGGUUCGCAUUCAAGUCGGUGGUGGAUAUCCUCCGAAAGGCCGGAGACAGCGCCUUCUGCGCCUAG